AUGAAUGUGGGGGUGGCACACAGCGAAGUAAACCCCAACACUCGAGUGAUGAACAGCCGGGGCAUCUGGCUGGCCUACGUCAUCCUGGUAGGACUGCUGCAUGUGGUUCUACUCAGCAUCCCCUUCUUCAGCAUUCCUGUUGUCUGGACACUGACCAACGUCAUCCAUAACUUGGUCAUGUAUGUCUUCCUGCACACGGUGAAAGGGACACCCUUUGAGACCCCUGACCAAGGAAAGGCUCGGCUGCUGACACACUGGGAACAGAUGGACUACGGGCUGCAGUUUACCUCUUCCCGAAAAUUCCUCAGCAUCUCUCCCAUUGUACUAUACCUCCUGGCCAGCUUCUACACCAAGUAUGAUGCUGCUCACUUCCUCAUCAACACGGCCUCACUGCUUAGCGUACUGCUGCCCAAGUUGCCCCAGUUUCAUGGGGUUCGUCUCUUUGGCAUCAACAAAUACUGA